AUGUGCCCUGUGCCUUGCUGGCAGGCGUGGAACGCCACUGCUCUGCUGCAACCUGCCGCUCACACCGUGCUGGGCUGCGCUGAGGGCGAUGUGUGCUGCUUUAUCUGCACACAGGGUCACUUGUUUGGUUUGUACAAGUCACGGCGCUCUGCCUUUGAUGACAUGGAGGACUGGGAUGACUUGCUGGAUGACAUGGACGACGAUGACGUGGACCUCGAUGACAUGUAUGAUGAUUACAUGGACGACAAUGACAUGGACGAUGGUGUCAUGGAGGACGAUGAUGGUGACUACGACGCAUUUGAAGAUGCCUUUGAUGAUUACAGAGAGAUGCUAGCAGAGGAAUGUGAGAACGAGCCCGAUUGGUUUUAG